AGGGCUAGCGGGCGGCUCAGCAAAGGCACUGAACUGGAUACAGCGCGACGGACCAGGACCUUGACCCUCAUCGAUUGCCAGCGCUACGUUCUGUCUCGACGCAACAUCACUUCAAUCUCCGCAGCGAACUCUGCAAGGAGCAAACGCCCCUCGGUCGUGUGGCCAGCUUUGCCGGUGACAACCGACAAAGGCUACAGCCGACGUGACAUUCACUCGUGAUGUCCUGCAGUAUCAGAAGCACGCUCGCCCGAUCGGCACGAUCGACUCAGACACAAUGCGGUCAGACGAGCUCGAGUGGCGCCACCAGCCCAUCAUGCAGGAACAGCCUCUCGAGCCCACAUCAUCGGGGUGCACUCGCCGCCUUCUCGACAUCCAGCCCGAGAUCUAGCAAGCCCACUGCGCCAGUACAGCGAGCGACGACGACCAGUGGCGCAUUAGACGCCAAGGCCCGCUUGCGUGUCUUGCAAAGGGAGCGUGAGCAGGCCGGUAGGAGAGGCCUGCGUGCGACAGCACAGGCGUCGCAGGCUGCUCAAAUGGAACACAUUUCAUCAUCUCAUGCUGGUCUCAUACCGCCAGAACUCUCGCGAUCGGCAGGCGGCCACGUCAGAGAUGCAAGCAAAGCCCGCCUCAUGAUGCCUUUCGUUGCUCGACCCGCCCCUGCAGCACCGACAAAGAAGAUCGAAGUGAUGGACUCGACCUUUGUAGGCAUGUCUGGCGGCCAGAUCUUCCACGAGAUGAUGCUGCGGCAUAAUGUCAAGCAUGUCUUUGGUUAUCCUGGCGGUGCCAUUUUGCCUGUGUUUGACGCCAUCUACAACUCCCCCCACUUUGACUUUGUCUUACCAAGACACGAACAAGGCGCAGGUCACAUGGCAGAAGGCUACGCACGCGUAUCAGGCAAGCCUGGCGUAGUGCUCGUCACAUCUGGUCCAGGCGCGACCAACGUCGUCACACCGAUGCAGGAUGCAAUGUCAGACGGCACGCCACUUGUCGUCUUUUGUGGACAGGUAGCCACUUCUGCCAUCGGUUCAGAUGCUUUCCAAGAAGCAGAUAUCGUCGGUAUCUCUCGAUCAUGCACGAAAUGGAACGUAAUGGUCAAAGAUAUCACUGAGCUCCCGAGGCGCAUUAAUGAGGCUUUCAGAAUUGCAACCAGCGGACGGCCGGGACCCGUCCUCGUCGACCUGCCAAAGGAUGUCACUGCUGGCAUUCUUCGACAGUCCAUACCCUUGCGCUAUACCCAGCCGGACCAGACGGCAGCAAACCUGCCGAGCAAUCCUCUCAGCCGGAGCGCGCCCCAAAGCGUGCAACCCCUCACCCAAGCCGCAGUUGCAGCCGCAGUAGCCCAGACCCAGCCUGCCUUUCCAGCGCCUGACAUGGAGCUUUUGAGCAAAGCAGCCGCGCUCAUCGCCCAGGCGAAGCGACCGAUCAUCUACGCCGGCCAGGGCAUUCUCGCUCGACCAGAAGGACCUCAGUUCCUUGCAGAGCUCUCCGAAAAGGGCAACAUUCCCGUCACGACCACGUUGCAAGGUCUCGGAGCUUUUGAUGAGCACAACGAGCGCUCAUUGCAUAUGCUCGGUAUGCACGGAUCUGCAUAUGCCAACCUGGCAAUGCAAGACGCCGAUGUUAUUAUCGCUCUCGGUGCGAGAUUUGACGAUCGUGUAACGGGCAGACUCGAUGGUUUUGCGCCACAUGCUCGCGCUGCCGCUCUGCAAGGUCGAGGUGGUAUCAUCCACUUUGAGAUCCAGCCAAAGAACAUCAACAAGGUCGUCGAUGCGACUUAUGCUAUCGAGGGCGACGUAGCACAUAACCUCGGUCAUAUGCUGCCUCUCCUACCGGAAACGCCUUUGCCACGCACAGAAUGGUUCAGCAAAAUCGCGAGCUGGAAGGAGCAAUAUCCCUUUACGUUCGAGCCGUCAAAGCCCGAAGCUGGCGAGCUGAUGAAGCCUCAAGAGGUCAUCGAGGCGUUGGAUCAUUGGGCGAAAGACAAGAAAGAUCAGGUCAUUAUUACGACUGGCGUCGGCCAGCAUCAGAUGUGGGCUGCUCAGCAUUACAGAUGGACCCAGCCUCGAUCGUGGGUCAGCUCAGGUGGCCUUGGUACUAUGGGCUACGGGCUCCCCUCUUGCAUUGGCGCAAAGGUCGCUGCACCGGCGAAAUACGUCGUCGAUAUCGACGGCGAUGCAUCCUUCAGCAUGACCGCCAUGGAGCUCGCGACAGCUGCACAAUACAGCAUCGGCGUCAAGAUCCUCGUGCUCAACAACGAGUUCCAGGGAAUGGUCCUACAAUGGCAAGACCUCUUCUACGAGAAGCGGUACUCGCACACCGAGAUGACCAACCCCAAUUUCUGCAAGCUCGCAGAGGCUAUGAACGUCAAAGCCAUCCGGUGUGACAGUCUCGCGGAUCUGCCUGCCAAGAUGAAGGAGUUCAUGGAGUACGACAACUCGAAGCCGAUUCUGUUCGAGGCUCGCGUCGUCAAGAACGAACACGUCUUGCCCAUGGUCGCCGCUGGCAAGGCUCUACAGGAGCAGGUCGUCCAUCCUCGCCUCGCCAAGAUUGCUGCGGCAAAAGCAGCCGCCGCUUCCUCUGCAUGAUCUAGCUUUGCAUCAAAUGUAGCAUCAGCCAUC